GGCUCCCUCAUUCGAAAUUGGACAUCACCAUCGCCACACGAAUACGACUUCCCCUGCCACUUGCAAACCCGUCACCAGCUGCAUUGUUCCAUUCUCCAAGCUUCGUGCAACCCACAGACAGCCUUUUUUCUUGUACACUCUGUUUUACCUCUUGCUAUUGUUCUCGCCUCUUUUUGAUCUGACGAGAAUCUGAUUUCGGCCAUUCUUCCUACACUUCGCCACAUUUUUGCCUUGCCCUCAUAACCACCACCAUCAUGGCUACUCCCGACAAGAGGCAGUCUACUGCCAGCGUUGUUCUCACCAGAGAAGUCACCGUCGAGAUUUCUGUGCCCGACAAGGCCCUCACCCCUACCGUGGGCGUCUAUGCCGUGCCGACCAAUGCCACCUCGGUCACCAGCAUCACAUCCAACCCAAACUCCGACAAAACGACCACCAAUCCCUUUGAUGCCGACAUUGAAGCUCUCAAUUCUCACAGCUCCUUUGACAAGCCCCUCCGAAAAAGCAUGACGCUGGAUGCCAAGAAGAACUGCCAAGUGUGGCCCGGAAAGGAUCACUGGGAGAAGCAGGCCCAGCAGACCAAAGUGAAGCGAAACAACUGCGCCUGCAUGGCCAACCUGAGCCCGCGCAACAAGAUCAUUGCCAAGGUCCUCAUCAUUGUCCUGGUCGUGGGAGUCGCCGUCAGCGUCGGCUUUGGCAUCAGCAAGCCGCUGGGCGCACCGCUCUGGGGCGACAAGUCCAACUGAAAGCAAACAUGCUCCUCCGUGAUGCUUCCGAUGACGAAACGUCGUACGAACCUUUUUUCUCGCAGGCCCUCCUGGGGCAAUAUGCCGACCGCUUUGGAGUACCACCCAUCUUCAAAGUCAUUUUUUUUUCCUUCGCCGAGUCACACAUUGUGCCGCCACUUCUCUUGUUCUUCUUUUAUUCAACUGUUCAUUGUAAUCAUGUAUGGCCCUGCGAUAGCAGAGUGAGGGAGAUUUCAUAUCAUAGCCGGGCGUUAAUGGAGUUGUGUGGAUU